AUGUCAGAGGCUGGAACCGGAUACUUUAUGCCUGGCUUGGCCUCUCCAACGAGUACUUCGGAAUGUGGACUCGUGCCAUUUACAAUAACGCCAAAGACGCGGGGAAUCGAUUGGCGAUAUGGAGCGCAAGGCACAAGUCUCCUCGUGAACGCAGCCGAAGAAUCGCGCCGCAGCGGGAACAGCACCUUCAGUUCCAACUUCGAGCGAUCAACCUACAUAACCGGUCUUCAGAACUUACUCAACGGACUACCACUGGACCUCCGAGAAUCCGAAAUAACCAUACUGCAGCAUGCCGUCCCGCCGGCGGUGGUGGCCAGGAUCAUCCAAGAGAGUAGCCCUACUGAGCACAACAAGCCAGAAGUAAAACAUAAGGACGUCUACAGGGAAAACGUACUCCACAAGUUCCUCCUCUGGAUUUUCUGCCUGGUUGAUCGAUGGGUCUGGUUCGUUUGGCCGAAACUGCUGUGUUUCUAUGUUAGGAUGAAACAGGUCAGUCAAGAUCACGGACAAGAGGUGGCGGGCAGUCUAGGUAGAGGCGCGUUGUCGGUUGCUGGUGCCAUCGUCUUCGUUGUGAACCAGGAACCUGUAACGGAGGCGGCGCGGGGAAUUGGCAAAUGGGUUUAUGAGGGGGUUUCGGGAGCUGUGACGGAUUUUGUGGCAAUGAAGGUCGCUGAGAGGAGCGGAGGCAGCAACAAGAAGAAGAAGGAGGAGGAGGAGAAGGAGGAGGAGAAGGAAGGGGAGGAGGAGAAGGAAGGAGAGGAGGAGAUCAAGUUGAAGGCAUCUUGGUGGGAACGAUACUUGUGGUAA